AUGGCGGUCGAUGAUCGAUCGGAAGCAAUCGUGAAGACAUUCGCCGUAAAACCAAAACUCAAACCCACUACAAACAAAUCAACCCCAACACCGGAAUCCAAAUACUGGAAAUCGUUCAAGCCAAAACAAACACAAACCCUAGUAUCAUCCAUAACUUCACUUUCUUUUUCCCCAACAGCUCCACAUGAUAUUGCCGCCACCCACUCUGCAACUGUCACUAUCUUUUCAUCGCAAACCCUAGAACCCAAAUCAACUAUCUCCUCCUUCAAAGACACCGCUACCUCCGCAUGUUUUCGUUCUGAUGGGCAACUGAUUGCCGCUGGUUCAUAUUCUGUUGCCACCGCCGGUGGAAAUAAUGUGAAAAUUUGGGAUGUGAUUGGUGGUGGUAAGCUGUUGCAUUCUAUGGAAAGCCACAACAAGACUGUAACUUCACUAUGUGUGGGGAAAAUAGGGAAAGAUAGUGGUGAGUUCUCAAACCAGUAUCGGAUUUUGAGUGUUUCAUUAGAUGGGUAUACGAAAGUAUUCGAUUAUUCAACAUUGAAGAUCACCAGCUCGAUAAGGUAUCCAUCUUCUCUCAUGUCAGUAGCAUUCUCACCAGAUUGCACAACUAGGGUGAUUGGUACUUCAAAUGGGAUUCUAUACGCAGGGAAGAGGAAAACUGAUGAAAACCUGGGGUCUGUUAAAUCUGAAUGGGGAAAAUACGUUGGUUUUGGAGCCAUAGAUGAGCCUGAAAAGAGAGUUCUAAGGCCUUCUUAUUUUCGUUACUUCCACAGAGGCCAAAAUGAGAAGCCUUCAAAAGGAGAUUACUUGAUCAUGAGACCAAAAAAGGUGAAACUGGCUGAACAUGACAAACUGUUGAAGAAAUUUCAUCACAAAGAAGCUUUAGUAUCUGCUUUAAGAGCAAAAAACCCUGAAAACAUAGUAGCAGUGAUGGAGGAGUUGGUGUCAAGAAAGAAACUUUUGAUGUGUGUUUCAAAUUUGGGGAUGGAGGAACUUGGGUUGCUUUUGAGUUUCUUACAGAGAUACUCAACAAAGCCAAGGUAUGCUGGGGUGUUGAUUGCGUUGGCUAAGAAAGUUGUUGAAAACCGAGCUGAUGAUAUUAGUGGUUCAGAGGAACUAAAAGGCCAUAUUCGAAAUCUAAAGAGGUCAAUCAUGGAGGAGAUAAGAAUCCAACAAUCUUUGCAAGAAAUACAAGGUUUUGGGGUUUAA